CCGCGCAGGUUCGAAUCCUGCCGACAACGUGAUAUUUUUCUCCUGUGGUUGGCAAUGCCCAGGCGUUUACAUUAUAUCAUAGAUAUCCAGUAUCUGUUAUUGUAUCACUACACAUAAAUCGCUAGCUACACGGUAUCAAUCUUUACCUACUUGAAAUGAGGUUACGUCUGUCAAUCAAGCACUCCUGUUCAUGACAACAGUUAAUAACCAGCAGUACCCUGAAGCUAUGGCGGACGAUUUGGACGAAUUGCUAGAUGAGGUUGAAACAAAGUUCUGUCGCAAUGUUUCGUUGACGCCACAACUUCAAGCUCCCUCAGAUUUAUCGACGGCUGGGAAAUGUUUAACGCAAACUGGGAAAGAGAGAAAACACCGCACCACUGACGAUACACCCAGAAAAACGGACAGCGAAGAUAUAGAUGCCCUUCUUGAGGACAUACUUGACGAUGACUUCGAUUCCCUUGAGUUAAACACUGGACAGCUUCCUAAAACGACAAAGACGAAGUCAUUGCCACAGGCGUCAAGAAACAGGUGCUGCCCAGUUUUCCUUGGUGGAAGCUCGAUUGCAAAUGGUGUAGGAACAGCUGUUUCACAAAGGUCGUGUGAUCAGCUGAGAUGUAUCUCCUGUGACUUUCGGGUGGCCAUGUUUGACGAUCAUGAAUGGGACCCCUCUUGUGAUUACCUCUUCUUCAGGAACAACAUGCCAGACUGUCAGAAGCUGCGGGCCAAGCUGAGGAGAAGAAAAGGGGCGCGGGCGUACGCCUGCCAGUGUAGCUGGCACUCUGCUCGAGACCUCACUGACCUGAGAGAACAGCACCAGCUCAAGUGGGUCUGCGGGAAGCAUGAAGUAUGACAGCCUUCUCGCUAUCUCACACACACACAUCACUUUGCAGUUACUUGAAAACCAAUGUCCUCUUGUUAUAGACAUCCCAACACACAGUUUUCUGCCUUGAGAAUGAUGUAGGUCUUUCUCUGCAUUACAUUUAGUGUGUUCUGGGUUUAAAGGUAAAUGAACAAGGUAGGUCUUCUGCUAUCUUUAGAGAUGUGAUUUUAGCUAGCUCAGUUUUAAGAGCAGGUACAGUAUAUGCCAGACCAUACUUGUGUGAAAACGGUACUUGGGAAAGAUGAGGCGAAAUUGAAUGAGUCUUUUAUGUAAAAAUACAUUUAAAAAAAAUAGUAAUGAAGACAUUCCAUUAUCUGGUAGUAUUUCAUAUACAAUGCUGUUACAUGCUUUUCUGUAGCCUUUCCUUCUCGGUCUUAGUUUCUAAUUCCCCUGUCCUUUUGUUUAUUUCCUCUUCUGUCCCUUUGA